GAUCUUUCCACUUCCCGUCUCAGUUUCUCUCCCAGACCGAGAAAAUGGAGACUAAAAUCGCGGGAUCGGGGCCGGUGAUCGGCGGUGACGACAGGAUCAGCCUCUUGCCGGACGAAAUCAUCUGUCGCGUCCUUUCUCUCCUGGAAACUAAGUACGCCGUCGGCACCGCAGUUCUCAGCCAACGGUGGAAAGAUCUUUGGACUAGGGUUUCCAGUCUCGAUCUCGACAGCGGCUUGGUUUACAAGCCUCUCGCCGAACCCCGUAAGCUAGAACCCGCUUCAGAUGCUUUGAAGAGGAGAGAAUUGGAGUUCCGCCGCUUCGCCAACAAGGUACUGGCCCAGCACCAGAAUCUCAAUUCUCUUACUCGUUUCCGCUUCCAUUUCUUAAGAAAGGUGCAUUCUCAAACUGGGUUUGAGGGGGAAUUCGUGUUUGGUCCUCCAAUGGAGGAGAUUGAUGUCAUGAUCAGCGGUCACAAAUGGAUGCGCUGCAUUCCCGAGAGCUUCUACACUUUGAGGAAUCUGAAAUUUGUCACGCUUUCGGGGGUUAUGCUGGGUUCAAUAAACAAGCCUGCUUUUCUUCCAAGUGUGAAGAAUUUACAGCUUUGUAGUGUGAAAAUGGGGGACGUUGAGUCAUUAGGCAGGCUCCUUUGUGGUUGCCCUGUCCUAGAGACUCUUCUUCUGAACUGUUGCUACUUCUCUGACAAGAAUGAUGGAGACAGAUUCGAGGUUUCCUUACCAUGGUUGAAGAACUUGAAGAUUAUCGAUUAUGAGGCCAUCUGGGCCGAUCAGAUGUUUCCUAUUGUUAUUGAAGCGCCAAAUCUCGAGGAUCUUUAUGUUGAGGCAUUUGCAGAGUUGCAGUUUAAGGGCACAAGUCCGUUGUCAUGCCUUCAUUCAGCACAUGUUAAUGUGGGGGUCGAGAGUUAUAGUUACUUAAUUCGGCUCCUCACUCAAAUCUCUAAUGCAAAGAAAAUGCAUUUAUUCGGGAAGACUCUGGUAAUAAGGUCCACUGUUUUCUUUACAUUGAUCUAAUUCUGUUCAUAAGAGGGUUGAUCUUGUUAACCUUUGUUUCAAACAGAGUCCUCUGUCAGCUGUCGAUGAUGUUCUACUGCCAGUCUUUCCCAAUUUGACACAUUUGAUAAUUAGAACCAUUCGAUUCGAGGACAGUAUCUGGGUUUUACACUCUUUGCUGAGCUCAGCCUCCAAACUACAGCUGCUUGUCCUUGAUACGGCGAAUCCCAGUGGGGAAGACAGAAUGGCGUGGGAGGAUCUAGAGACUGCUCGCACGCCAGAGUGUUUGUUAUCAAGUCUGGAAGAAAUCGAGAUCAAGGAACUUACAAUAUAUCCAGAUGUGAAGAACAUGAUAGCAUAUUUGCUCAGGGCUGGAGCUGUUCUGAAGAAGGUCAGUAUGCACGUAAAUGGUAACUAUCUCAAACGAAUGGGUCGCAAAGAUCUUAUGCCACUACUGGAACUUUCAAAAAGAUCGAGUGCUUGCAAAGUCGAGCUUAUCUUUCCCGAUGACAAAGAUAUCGUCAGCGAUAGCGAUGAUGAGAGCAACACCGACAACAGCAAUGAUGAUGGCUCUAACGACAUCGACGACGAGAACAACACCAGCGACGACGACCGUGAUGAUGAUUUUCUUUGAAGCAUGUUAGGUGGGGAAGGAAGGAGGCUGUGAAUAACAUGAUGAAGCUGCAUUUUGAUUUCCAUUUACAUCCUAAUUCAGUAGGCUAAAGUUUCUUAUGUGCUCGAUCCUGAAUUCUGAUCAAAUCAGGCGUGACCAU